CGGGGCCUGCCGGCGGCGCGGGUCGCGGCGGGCCUGGGUCGACGAACUGUGGCAAGCGAAGGGCCUGGCUCGACGAACUCUGGCAAGCGACGGGCCGGCCGGGACUCCGCCGUGUUUGGCACGGCGCGGCGCUCGGUGCGGAGCGUUUUCCCUCUCGGGCCGAGGUUGCUGGCUUGGGAGCGGAGCGCGGUCCUCGCUGCCGAGCGGAGUCACCCUCCUGCCGAGCCCAGGCCAACCGUGGCGCGUAGCCCUACGGCCUCUUCCCCGAGAGGGGAAGGCGUCUCGGUCCGCGCCUGUAUCGGUCCGGGGACUUGCCGGUGAGGGGGCCUCCGUUAGAGGAGGGCGGCUACUCGGGCUGAGGCACGCCAGCCUGUGGUGCUCGGAAAUGGAAACUGUGCCGCGGUCGGCACGGCGAGCUCAGCAGCUGUAAGCCCAGCCGUGCCUGUCAGCGGCAGGGGCCCAGAGCUAUGCUGGUUUACACUGGAGGUGGGAACGUGGCUGGAAUGACUUUCUCUGGCCUCUUAGCUGUCUGGGGUGUGCCAUCGGACAGGUGUGGGAGCAUUAGCAACGGGUAGCUUCCGAGUUGUAGUCUGAAUUGUUAGUUCUGUGCAGCCUCGAGUAUAUCACCUUAAAAGCGGGCUCUGUUUUUCCAACUGUGAAACGGAAAUAAAUUCUUUGGGAACAUGUUAAAGGUCUAUAAGGAUAAUUUUAAGAUAGGUUAUUGUUUCUAAAACAGCUCUAUUUUUUAGUAGAGACUGGCAGUACUUAAUAUUUAUGAUAAAUGUAUUAGCAUGAGUACUAUGUUAUGACUUUAGUAUUACUUUUCAUCAGUUUCAUCUGGUUUACGUAGGUCACACUGAGCCUUUUCAUACUUAAAUGGAAAUCUCAGCCAUAAGUGGGAGGAAAAUGUUCUAAUUAUAUCCCUUAUACCCAGUGGUUAAAGCUAGCCAAAAGUAUUUCUCCGUGUUUGCCUCUGAAAGUUCUGCAUGCUGCAGAGCUACCGUGAGCUAUGUGGAUUUUGUUGUGUUUUAGAUAGCGUUGACAGAAUAAUUAAGAAAGCAUUGAUUUGAAGCUUUUAGUGGGGGAGAGGCAGGAAAAGGAACAAGGGGGAGACAAAGUUCCUGAGACUGCACUAACAGCUUGUUUAACAUCUCCAUUUUGCCCUAUGUUCACCAACUGUGUUAAUACUUGCAAGCAAACUGCUUUGUCUUUCCGUAGCAUGAAAGGGCCAUAAAACUAGUCCCACUAGUAUCAGAAGGGGUCACAGAAGUGUGCUGCUAAAAGCACUUGUAUUAUUUUUAUGGCAGGUACCAUUUGGGGCAUAAUUCAUCUGCAUGUUCCAUGAUACCUUCAGCUUUUCCCAGCAGCAAAGAUUUGUAGAGCUCUGUCAGGCUCUGUUGAAUGAGAAGUUGUCAAGACAUAAAUGGCUUCUUAAGUUUUGUAGUAUUGCAUCACUGCAAUACUGCCUUCCGUUUAAAAAAUACAUUACUAUAUUUAAACAAACAAUGCAUACAAUAGAUACUUAUGCUGAUAGAAAUUCAGAAUGAAAAAAUGCAAGGUGAACAUGCUUUUUUUUCCCUUUUUGAACUUCCGUGAGUUUAAUAUGUCAAGAAGAGUAACUUUUGUAUCUCAGUAGCACAGAUCAGCUAAACAAAUAUAAAAAAGUUUUAGAUCCAGGCUGUGAAAACUAAUGAUAAAUGAUUCUGAGUAUAAAACAUAUAAAAAAGAAAAGUAAACAUAAGGUAGAGUGAAAAGGAGAAAUGUUUUAGUUGUUUCAGAAUGUGUGCUUAAUUCACUGUUUCUUUUCCCAGGGCUUCAAAUUGUUUUACUAAUGCCAGAUACAAAUUUAAUGCUUGUUGACAUAGAUGGUAAUUAAAUCUAGCCUGGAGACUGUGCUUUGCAGAAUUGACAUUUGUUCAUAGCCAUACUUGUCCCUGCCUCUUUUUGAAGUACUUCCUGUCCUGAUGUUUACUUUGUCCCCAUUAUGGCAGCAUCUUAAAUUUUCUGCAGAGGUACUGAGGGAUAUAGAAAGGCACAAUGCAUAUCUUGAAGUGUUCUCAGUGUGCAAAGGGAGAACAGAGGCUAAAGAGAGCAGUCUCUGCCACAGUAAAGAAUUAAAUAGUAUUAUUGUUCUCACUAACAACGCUUUCCUUGUAUUUGUUAAUCUGAACAAUUCUCAGUAAAAUGUCUCUAGAAGUUAAUAAAUUGAAGAAAGGUUUAGGGGAUUUUGGUUUGGGUUGGUUUUUUGAUUAUGGAAAAACCCAUGGAAUAUUUUGGUGUUAAAUACAGUGUAGUGCACUUCCACUGCUUACUAAAAUUUAAUUUGUUUUGAUGUAAUUAAGUAGGAUAAAAUAUGAAUAUAAGUGGGAAUAUGCCAUCAUCUAGUCUUCUAAGUAACACUUAAGCAUAAAAAUACACAUGUGAUUAAAGCCUGACAGCAUUCUCUCCAAGCAAAGAGAAAUCACCUGGAAAGCUUCAGAAACCCCCAAAGACUGCUCUGCUCCAGCAGCAGGAGCUCUUGAUAGUGUCUAAUGAGCUUUUAAUAUUGUUGUUCAAUUGUAUUUGCCUCAAAAGAGAAUUCUUAUUUUAAGUCUUAAGGUUCAUAUGUUAAAAUGAUAAGUAUUGUCAUUAUCCAAAAGACUUGGAAGUCUUAACUGUUACUGCUAUUAGGAGGAAAAAAAAACAAAAAACAAAAAAAACAAACAACAAAAUGUUGAUAUCUCAAGAAUAUGCUUGCAGGCUUUUACAAGAAACCAGAAUUUGUUUUUUGCAGCUACAAGUUCUGCUCGAAUCUUCUAUUGCUUUAGCUUGUCUAGUCAUUUGAUAGCUUUGAAAUGAAAGUGGUUUAUAGGUAUUAAUUAAAAGGAACUUGCAUCAUUUUGUAUUUUCUGCCUGGAUGAGGCCACAGUGAUGAUAGUUACAAACCUCAUAAUGCAAACACACGGUGCUUAUCAGUUGUCAGUAGACCAUUGAUUAAUAUGCUUGGGAAUAAGUGUUGCAAGUAUUGCUUCAUAAGCAAAUUAUCCAAAGUCACUCCGCUGGUUUGUCAGUCUCAUGACCCAGAAGUCUGUAUGUAUAAAACUGUUCUCAGUGAGGCAGAAGAAAAAAGUUUGGCCAGUUUUUCUGUCUCUGUGGGGUUGAAAGCAUUUCCCCUGCUGGCUGUGUGCUGGCCAGGUUACAAGCAGAUUAAUUAUGUUUGUGAACUUCAAGUAAGAAAAGGGAUUAUGGAAUAGUCUUCUGUAUUGAUUUCCUUAUUUAUAUGGCUACUCAGUGUGAAUUUCUAGGAAAGGACAUGUGGAAAUUAAUUGCAUUCAAUACUUACUGAUUAAUAUUCAAAAUUUUCUAUUUCAUGGUAACUGAUACACUCUCUGUACAGUGUUCCUUCACCUUUGCCAAAUGUUCAAAGGUAUCGUUUCAUAUUUCAGUGUAAAUAAGAUGCAAUGCGUACUUUUAUUUCCUCCCUAUUACUCUAAUUAUAGUGUAAUUUUCCAGGCAGUCUGAAGUUAUCUUCUGGUACCAGUGAUAUUUUUUGAUUUAGAGAAGUUUUUUAAUUAAUCCUGUGGCUCUUUGGAACGUGAUCAGUAAAAGUCCUACCUAAACUCCAUUAUACUAUGGGACUUCACAAAUCAGAGUACUGAGUGUUGUUGUGUGCAUUAAUUUAAAAUAUGAGUGGGUUUUAAUUCAGUUUUGAAAUUGUUUUUGUCAGUCAAAAGGUACAUUAUUCUUGCAGGAGUUUGCUCUUCUUGGUCUGACUGUGCUAUCUCAGAUCAACCUAAUCACUUUGUAAUGCAAUAGUGUAAAUAGCAACAUAGCACAGGUUACUUACUGAAGAAUGGUUUCAUUAUGGUUUAAUCUUAAAGUUGGAAGAGUAGUAUGGGGACUCCCUAUAAUCUUAACUGUGUCUUUUCUGGGGUAUAAAGAUUUGAUCCUUAGAGCAUUCCAGAUUUUUGCAGCACAAAUAAUGACCAAACAAAUUCUGUCCGUUACCAUUUGGCCUGGAAAGCACCUUCCUUUCUGUUGUCAAACAAUACAUCUGUUGCCUUGGUGAGAGAAAUCAACCUUUGCUGGCCCAAGGACUUUGGGUACCUCAUGUGUGGAAGCUAAAAUUCAUUAUCUAUCUCCUCGGCAAAUCUGAUAGGACUUCCUAGCUCUAGAAAGGGGCGUUUCAGAUGCAUUACCAAACAUAGUUUUAAGGCUUUCUCUGCCUGAGAAACUUCACGCUAGCAAAACCAAGAAUUACCAUGUUAUGACCCAGUUUAAUUUCAGUUGUUCCUCGAUCUGAAGACUGGAUGUUGUCCAAACAAAAAAGGUCAUAGAGCAGGCUACCAAAGUGUUUAAUGUAUUAAACUACGAAUUAAAAAAAAAAAAAUUCUAAAGGCUGUGGUGUAAACAAGGCAUUAUAAAUUAAUAUUUGCAUAUUGUUGUACUUUGACUCAGUUUUGUUCAGCACAGAGGAAGAAUAACAACUAUUAUCAAUAGGAAGAAAAACUGAUGUGUUUUGGGGGGGAUGUUUGUGAGGUUUUACUUCACUGGUAAUCUAUUUCAUAAUCAAAAAGAAAGAGUGGCAAUUUGAUGUGAAUUUUGGGAUAUAUACUGGUUUGGGCUUUAAAAUCCAUCCUUUUCUGGCAUGAAAUUUUUUUUUAAAUUCCCCAGGUGAGGAGCAUGCAAAACUGCUACAGUAGGCUCACAAAUUGUCUGCUCCACCUUCAUCAGGGGAAAGACCUGUCAUGAACAUUCAAAGUAUACUCUUCUCUAAUUGGUUUUGCUCUAGCACUGCUCUGUUCAAGAAGAUUGAAUCUAUGUUCCUACUCUUCGAAGGAACAGCCCAAGGCAAGAGUUGCACACUUCUUUGCAAUUAAUGUGACAGCUGAGUUUGGAGCAUUUCUGUGUAGCACUUGAUUAGCUACUAUGAGCUUGCUAUAUAGCGAUAACAGUUGUGGAGCCCGAGACGGGGAAAGCGGCUGCUGUGCAGCCAUGGCCAGUGCCUGCAGCGUUGGAGCGAAAGAAGACAGCGUAAGCGUCAGCAGUGGGACUGGAAACCCUGCAAGUUCUUUCACAGAGGAGACACAAGGCUAUGAUGUGGAGUUUGAUCCGCCCUUGGAAAGUAAAUAUGAAUGCCCAAUCUGUUUGAUGGCUCUUCGGGAAGCAGUGCAGACACCAUGUGGACACCGUUUCUGCAAAGGCUGCAUUGUCAAAUCAAUAAGAGAUGCAGGUCACAAAUGUCCAGUAGACAACGAAAUUCUGCUCGAAAAUCAACUUUUUCCUGACAACUUCGCUAAACGGGAAAUCCUUUCAUUAACGGUUAAGUGUCCCAACAAGGGCUGCAGUAUGAAGAUGGAACUGAGGCAUUUAGAGGACCACCAGUCGCAGUGUGAUUUUUCCGCUGUGGAAUGCCCACAGUGCCAAGGAACCUUCCAGAAGAACCAUCUCAAAGAGCACAUUACACAGGAGUGUCCAAGGCGUCAAGUCUGUUGUCCAAACUGUGCUACGUCUAUGGCCUAUGAAGAUAAAGAGCUUCAUGACCAAACUUGCCCACUGGCCAAUGUAUUUUGUGAAUAUUGCGAUACAGUGCUCAUCAGAGAGCAGAUGCCUAACCAUUAUGACAAUGAUUGUCCUACUGCUCCCGUGCCAUGUUUUUACAGUGCCUUUGGAUGUCCUGAAAAGAUGCAAAGGAAUGAACUGGCACGACAUAUGCAGGAGUUCACUCAGGUUCACAUGAGAAUGAUGGCUCAGAGUUUUCAAAAUAUCAGCGUUACUGCUACAAAUCCUGUACCCUUCAUCAAUGGCCUACCCUUUGACCCUGCCCUCUUUUCACACGUGUCACAUGCCACGUAUGAUUGUAAUCCAGAAGUUGAAAACUUCAAAGAAACUAUUCAGCAGUUGGAAGGUCGUCUGGUAAGACAAGAUCACCAAAUCAGAGAACUCAUUGCUAAAAUGGAGACUCAGAACACUCACAUGGCAGAACUCAAACGUACUAUCCGAAAUUUGGAGGGAAGGAUUACUGAAAUGGAGGCACAGCAAUGUAAUGGUAUUUAUAUCUGGAAGAUUGAGAACUUCAGUGGACUUCAGAAAGCCCAGGAAGAAGAGAGACCUGUUGUGAUGCACAGUCCUGGCUUCUACACUGGAAAGCCUGGCUACAAGCUGUGUUUGCGCCUGCAUAUCCAAUUACCAAAUGCUCAGCGUUGUGCUAAUUUUAUAUCUCUGUUUGUCCACACUAUGCAAGGAGAAUAUGACAGCCAUCUGCCUUGGCCUUUCCAAGGCACUAUACGACUUUCUAUUUUGGAUCAGUCAGAAGGCCCCGAAAGGCAGAAUCAUGAAGAAGUAAUGGAAGCCAAGCCAGAGUUACUAGCCUUCCAGAGACCAACAAUUCACCGCAAUCCAAAAGGUUUUGGUUAUGUGACUUUCAUGCACCUGGAAAACUUGAAACAAAGAACCUUCAUAAAGGAUGAUACCCUUCUGGUGCGCUGCGAAGUUCUAACACGUCUAGAUUUAAACAGUCUCCGCAGAGAAGGAUUUCAAGCUCGCAGUACUGAUGGAGCUAUGUAGUCUGUAAGUCUUAACCAGAGGAAUGGAGCCGCUAGUCAUGUUCUUCCAUGACAGAUUACAAACGUGCUUCAUCAUCCGUAUAGGCUGCAUUUGUAAAAGAUCAUAGUUGCCAACAUAGUUGAUCUUCACCGGAAUAGAACUUUGUUGCUGGUAUACUUUUUUUCUGUAUGAGGUCAUGUGUUCAAGUAUUUGGUAUUGUUCUCUAUUAAAGUAAUAAGCUACUUCUGUAGCAAACUAACUAAAUGAAGUGUUAUGUAUCAAAACUGCCUACAGGAGAAUGCUGUACAUCUCACUUUGGUAAAACCUAAGUCAUAUCAGAAAAGACCUGUAAAUCUUUUUGCCUUGGUGACUUGGAAUAUAGGUAACUGUAGCAGGGAAUUAGCUAAAUUAAUAAAGAUGAAGGGGGGUUUUGUUUGUUUGUUUGUUUUUCACAGAGCUUGGGAAAGUUGAGAUAGUUGCUAUAUUAACUUACCUAGAAUUUUGAAUUGGCUAUGCUUCUCUUGAAAUCUGAAGUCAAGUUAAAACUUUGCUCGCGUCAUCUAGGGUUGAGGUAUGCUUUGACCCUUCCCUCCUGCAGUUAGCUUCAGGAAGUUGCAUGUUGAUGCAGAGUUGAUACUAGUAUUUGUGAAAGACGUGGUAGUGUUGUGGAGAAGAUUAAAUGACUCUGAGCUGAGUUCACUGAAGAAAUAUUUGUAAUGUGGUCUGAAAGUGCCCCCCUAAUUCUCUUUAUUUUGAUAAAUCUUUUUGUAAGAGUGUGCUCUGGGCCCAGAAUGUCAAUCACCAUCACCAGAGAGAUAAGUGUAGCAUUUGAAUGAGAUACCUUUGUGCUGGUGAGAUCUCCUCCUAGUGCUGGACAUGUUUCAGGUUGUGAGUGGAUACAUGAGCAAAGGCAUGUACUAACUAGAUAGGGUGAUGCAGAAUUUGUUUUACUGUUGCUGAAACCUGAAUUUGUACCAAAGCCGAACUUGUGACCUGCAUCUGUUCAAAUGAUCUCUCGGUGUUCUGGGUGAUGUAUGACCUGUGUCGUCUCCUAUGAACAUAGGCCAUAUCAACAUCCAGCUGUCGUAUUUCCUGUCCCUUUAGACAAUAGGAGCUGGGCCACCCUCAACACUUUGGAGGGGAAGAAAAGUCUAUUAAUUAGUGUGAGGAAAAAUUGUAAUCCUGUUUGCUCUUAGGAAAAAAAUCUGGCUUCCAUAGUUACUCAUUUAUCAAACACUAGAUUCACUACGUAAAGAAUUCAUGAGCUUCCUAAUGUUGCGUGUUAUUGUUUUCUGUACUGAUUGUUUAUAUGCCAUAUAAAUGUUAGUUUUGACCAAAGCUGAGUAGUUCAAGUUCACUGGUGCUAAAAAUUCUAACUUUUCAUGGUGCUGAUAAAGUUCUGAAUCUUGUCUUUAGAAGGAGCGAAGAAAAAAGUUUUGUUCAUCCCAUAACUUAAGUACACAGUCUGAUACCGAAGAAAGAACUAAGCUAUACAUAAGUAUAUGAAUAUGAUUUCUCCAAUCUAGUGAAAAAGCCUAAAGACUUGAGACACUGCAACUUAAAAGAUACUGAAGAGUAUUCCAACUAGUUGUCCUCAUCAAAGCAAUGCCAUCAGGAUCAUCAGAGGGGAAAGUGCAUAUGCUUAAUAUAUGCAAGGCUAAUGAAAGACUACCGUAGUAUAUUGAUCUGGGAGGAUACUGUGCCUGCUGGCAUGAGAUUUAAAGUUCCAGGACCCAACCUAUGACUUUGUUCAUCAUAUUCAGAUGAGUAAAAUUUAUUUUGCAGAUAGAGCCCAUUAGUUGAAUAGGGAUUGUGUUUAAUGGCAUAUUGUCACUACUGAAACAUGAACUUCCUGGCUAAUGGUAAAUGCGGUUGUUGACUUAGUGCAUUCUGUGUGUUUAGAGGACAGGUGAAGCAUAUGUUACUCAAAAUAGGAAAAGAUCCAUUCUUUAAAACUAUCUUUUUUAAACCUCUUAAGUAGUUUUUAUACUGAAUAGCCUCAUCCUAUUAGCUGAAUUGUUUUGGAGUGUGUUCAGUUAGAGCAUUCCUAGUAGUUAAACUUUUCUUAAUCAAGAGCUUUUAAUGUACGUGAGAGUGCCCAGACUCACUGUACACAGAAGGCACUGUACACUAGUUCCCCAAUCAUUUUCAAGCUAUGUUAGUUCUCCAUGUUUUUCCAAGAUGCUCAGACUACCAUUCUCCUUUUUUUUAUUUGGGGGGGGGGGCGGGCAGAAGAAGCACUUGUAAUUUGAGAGCUUCUUCCUGCCACAGUUCCUUUCUCAACCUGAUUGAUGUUAACAAAAAUGUCCUUAUUCUGUGUUCUAAUACUUUAUACCCAAGACCCACUAAGUGCAUUAAUACUUUCUUUCCUUUUGAAGCUUUGCAUUAUGAACUGAAUUUUUGCUUUGAGCCUUAUCUGCUAGAUCUGAUAUACUUCUGCCUUGGGAGGAAACUCAGUCUGGUGGCAGGUUCAGGAGUUUAAAUGAUUCAGGUUAAUAUUGUACAAUAGCAGAAACCAAUAGGAAAUAAAAAGCUACUGCAUGUAUAAUAUUGUAUUGGCCACAGUAAUAUGAAUGCUUUAUUCACUGCUGCUAUUCUACUGGUUUUGUAUUUUAAUAUUACCAAGUAGAACUCUGAGUGAUGCCAAAUUACUGUAAUGCCAGAGUUUUACAUGAGAGACUUUCAGAGCUAAUUUGCUAAGUAUCAGUUAAAUCUUUGUCAUGAAAAAUUAUAAAUGUUAAUGAAAUGUUUAUUAAUCUACUUGUUCCAUUUUCCUCUUUCUUCCCCCACCUUCUAAGCUACUCUUCAUUUGUCUUGAACAUGUUUUAAGUCAGCCACUCUUAGUAUGUGUAUUUGCAAAGCUACUAUGGCACAGAUUUUCCAAUUAUAAUAUAUUGCAAAAGUGUUUUCUUUUUGCCUCUGAAUGCCUUCCCCUGCAGGGCAGGGAAAAUUAUUUUACUAAAAAUGUUGGUAUGUAAUGUAUAUGUGGGAGCUCAGAUAAUGUGAGAUGUAUAGACUUGUUUUUUAAGUGGUCUCAUGAUAUGCCUGGUCAUGUUUGCUAUCAAGAGAUUAAACUUGCUAAUGAAAUAAAAUCAGGGUAGCCCUUCUGUUCUUAUUUAGAGACACUUUCACAUCAAAUACAUUGAUGAUGAAUGCAAAAGAUUAUUCUGGGGUCAGUGUUAGAAGUUUGUAUUGGUUUGCAUUGAACAGAAUGAAAGUACUCCUGUUCCUUGGAAGUAUCGAUAGAUUGUUUAAUAUAUUUUGUAAUUAAAGCACACCUAUAUUUCUGAUAGGAUUUUUAAAAAUAAACUAAUGAAACUG